AUGGUUUUAUCCCAAGUCAUCAACCAACUCGCCAACCCAAACUUGACCAGCAACCGUAGAAGACGUCUCUACAUCCCGCCUUCUACAAACUACCCAUUAUUCAGUUAUGGUGCUGAGCCAGACCAGAGAUCUUUCCUCUCGCUUGAUGAGUCCGGCUCCGUUUAUACGGGCCUUCAUGACGAUUCCGACGCUGCCAGUAUAGCCUCUUCACGGUCCUUACCAUCCACGCUCAGUUCCGCACACACUCAAGGCGACCAAGAGUCUUUCCAUAGCUGGUUAGUCGAAGAACAUCAACGAAGAUACUCGUCCAUGGAUGGAGAUGAGGACGAAGUGGAUGUUGUGGAGAGAACGUCGAGAGGCUCUAGAGCAUCCAGAGGAUCGAAUUUCACCGACAAGUCUGCGCUUCUGAUAAUUGAACGAGAGGACUUCAUCAAUAUGAAAACCACAUACAAACGAGAGUUGAAGAUGCUCUUCCGGUACUCCCUUCCUUUGGUGAUCACGUUUGUGUUGGAACAUUUCUUCUCCAUUGUGUGUCUUUUGGUGGUUGGACAUCUUGGUAAGAAUGAGCUUGCAGCCGUGUCUUUGGGUUCCAUGACCUCCACUAUCACCUUCGCUAUCUUCGAAGGAAUAGCCACUGCGCUCGAUACUCUCUGCCCACAGUCAUAUGGAGCAGGUAACUACGAGAUGGUGUCGACGUACGUGCAACGAUGUACGGUUUUCUCGUUGCUCAUGUAUAUUCCAUGUGCAUUGAUGUGGUGGAACUCGCAACUUGUACUAAAGUACUUGAUUGAUAGCGAAGAGGUGCUCAUGUUGACCACGCAAUUCUUGCGUAUUUUGACUGCCGGUGGUCCCGCCUACAUUUUCUUCGAGUGUUUCAAGCGGUUUUUGCAAGCACAAGGCAUUUUCGAGGCCGGAACUGGUGUUCUUUUCAUUUCUGCUCCCCUCAACAUCUUCCUCUCAUACUUCUUAGUGUGGGAUCUGAAAUAUGGAAUUGGAUACGUGGGUGCUCCAAUUGCUACAGUAAUCAACUUCUGGAUCAUGAGCGUGUUGUUGGUACUCUAUACCAUCUUUGUUGAUGGUUCCAGGUGCUGGUAUGGCUUCUGUUCCUUCAAGGAAUUAUUCUCCAACUGGGGCCAGUUAUCUCACCUCGCAAUUCCAGGUAUCGUCAUGCUUGAGUCGGAAUAUUUGGCUUACGAGAUCAUGACGCUUUUUGCUCUGUACUUUGGCACCACUGAGUUGGCUGCGCAGAGUGCUGUAGGCUCCAUUGCUUCAUUAACGUACAUGGUUCCGUUUGCAGUGAGUAUCGCAUCAUCCACAAGAAUUGCCAACUUCAUCGGUGGCCAAAAUCUUUACUCGGCAAGAAUCUCCACUAAUACGGGACUUUUCUGUGGUCUAGUGGUUGCGGUGUUCAACUGUCUCGUUCUCUUCACUUUCAAGCGUCAGCUUGCGCAUUUGUUCACAGAAGACGAGGAUGUGACUCUGGUGAUUGUGCUGCUUUUAAGUCCAUUGGUGUCUGUGCUUCAGAUCUUCGAUGGAGUUGCGCUGGUGGCUAGUGGAAUUCUCCGUGCGCAAGGACUACAGAAGAUUGGAGGAGUAAUCAACUUCCUCUCGUACUAUGCAUUUGCAGUUCCACUUGCAUUUAUUCUCACUAAGGUCACUGACCUCAAGUUGGAGGGUUUGUGGUUGGGAAUAGGUAGUGGAAUGGUUUUGAUUGGUCUUAUUGAGACCACAGUGAUUCUCAAUUCUGAUUGGGAGAGCAUUAUUAUGAAGGCAGGACUUAUGAGAGAAUUUGUGGAGCUGGAAGAUGAGGAAUACUAG